AUGGAGAAUAACCUCUCAUUUGGGGCGCGAGACCCAUCCAAGCCAAGAGAUCUUCAUGCGUACCGAUCAGGUACAUACCUGCGAGCCCACAUCUUCCUUGGACUUACUAUCGCUCUCGUCACCACCUUCAAAUGGCCGCUGAGAUGGGCAUUGUCUGGAACGCCUACCUUGACUUACAUCCUAUGGUUAGGCGAGGCUAAUGGUUGCCGCAUUCAACCUCCCAUUCCACUAUGGACGAUGAUCAUCUUCAUCAAUUUGGUUUACUCGGUAGCAACAACCUCGUGGCUGCUGUUUGGUAUCUACAUCCCAGCUUGCUACUUGACCAUCUUCGUUGCAUCCCUCUACCAGUUCGACUUGGCAGCGCAUGCACUGAGAACGGUGCUUGGCUCGAUUCUAAAGCAGCCACGUUUUAUUAAUGAUAGAAUUGCCUUCCUCAAUCUUCCCGCCCUGGAGAUCGAUGUCGAUGUUAAGGGGCUCCUUGUCGUCCGGGGCGUGACUUUUUCUUUACUUCAUCUCAAUAUCAUCGCACACGGGAUCGAGGUUGGCAUCAAGAUUUCUGAUGACAUGGAAAUCGCUCUUCAUGUUGAUGAGGUGAAGAUCUCACUGUUCCGACGCAUUGAUAUUGGGGAGGUCUAUGGAAACCUGAAAGGUGGUAAAGGAGAGAUGACACUUGAGCAUGCUCUUACAGAUGUGGAAACCAGCAAGCCUCCCCUAGGGGUAGACAAUGCAGCAUCUAUCACAGGUUUAAAGAACGACAACGGCUUCAGAGCGGAUCUGGUCCAAAGAGUCUCCACGAUUGAGAAGUUGACGGACGGAAACCCUCCAAAAGAUGUGUCUGCUGGAGAUGGUCUGGCCUCAAUCACUCAGAUAUCACCUGACGAAGAACAGGCCACAGUGACAUAUACUAAUGCCUUGUCGCGCAUGGAGGAGACCAGUCCAAUCGCAGAGAGCAAGCGAAAAGUGGAAGCCAUGGCUCGUAACACUUCCGAUGCGAAGAGCGAUGCCUUUAAUCCAGACGACAAGAAAGACAUGCGGGCUGCUAUAUGCACACAGCUCCAUGACACAGCCUCUGUCCCCUUCCCUCCACCGAACUCAAUCAAAGUCACAACACUGCGUAAUCUCAGCCCACCAUACAUACGCCGCUUUCUCCAUCGUUUACCCUUCUUGCUACGUCUUCUACUCAAAGCAAUCGCUUACUUCCAUCCUGUUCACAUAGACUCUGUAACUGCUGGUCUUUCAGGAAAGUGGCUGCGACAAUUGCUGCAUGAUCUAGUCUUUAAAGGCCACGCAGAGAAUGACACAGGUACUAGAAGAUUGGAGGCCCGAAUCAAAGCAUGGCUUGCCGAUGCCAAUUUUGUUCUAGAAAUUACCAGCAUUCUUGGUCUCGCUCAAAUACCACUGUCUACAGUCUUUGACAUCGAUACAAGGCUCAAAGUGCAAGAUGUUAUGCUGUAUCGCACUCUGCCUCAAGAGGUUGCUAUGAAGCAAGUUGUUCGCUUGGCAGGCGCAGAUGCCUCUGUGACGAUACCAUCGUUCCUGUUACCUCAUCAUGAACACGUGCUGCCUCAGAUACCCAACGAGCAGGACAGAGAGAAGCAGGAAGAGAAGGUAGUGGAAGCUGAUGGUCUGCCAAAAGCCAUUCAUGCGCAAGAGGAGCUGGAACAGACAGCCAAGGACGAAACGAACAUCGACAUUUCUGCUCAUGCACGCCUACCAGCGGUCUUCGACCAAGAACUUCUAGACUUUAUUGCCGCGGUAAUCAAGACGACAAAGAUGAUCGAAAUAGAACAUGGAAACACUGUCGAUGAUGCUGUGGACAAGGUGGUGGAAGAUGUCUCGGACACUGAUUCGGUCUCAAGUUUCAGUAGCGACAUCAAAGCCAAAAAACGGAGCAUCAAAGACUGGACAAGAGCAAUGGGCACCACUGUGAGCAACAAUGCAAGAAGGGUGGCUGUUGAUGCGGUUACGAAUGACAGAUGGAUUGCGAAAAUGGUGGGAAAGAUAACGAGGAGGCUCGAAAGCACGAAGGGAGAUCUCGGGUACUCUGGGGCUAUUCCCGUUCCACUGGCACCCUAUCGGGCAUUGGCUGAGGACGCCACAAAGUUGCUACCCUGA